AUGACCACGGAAAAUACCUCUUCAGGAUGCGAUACCGACUCGGAGCGAGCCCAAUACUAUACCGGCACUACGAAGCAACCAUCAAUAUCUGAAAAAGAAGACCAGGAAAUGGAUGGCUGGCGUGGAUGGCUCGUGGUCACAGCAGCUGCGUGCUCUCUUUUUAUCUAUCUGGGAGAAAUCUAUUCUUGGGGGGUGCUGCAGUCCGAACUUGUCAAGACUACGACGUAUUCAAUGACCACCUUGACGUUUGUGGGCUCACUGGCGACUUCGUUCAUGGUAUCACUGAGUAUAUUGGUAGGAAUGACUAUUCGACGAUUUGGAUACCAGAAGACGGCCUUUGCAGGUGCCGUUUUGAUGGGGCUGGGUGAAUUUCUGGCGAGUUGGGUGACGACGAACUUGGCCGGGUUAUUCGUCUGUCAUAGUGUUUUGUUUGGAGUGGGAGGAGGAUUGACAAUUAUGCCAUGCUCUACCGCUCCUCUACGAUGGUUUCGCAAACAUCGUGGUUUGGCAACUGGAAUCGUCUUUGGAGGAGGCAGUCUUGGAGCUGCAACCAUGAGCGUGGCUGCCAACUUGCUCGUCACCUCCGUCGGAGUGCAGUGGACUCUUCGAAUCUUUGGGCUUCUCGCCUGGGCAGUGUGCGUGCCUGCAGCCUGUCUGAUCCGACAACCCAAGAGCGCAGCAGCAGCUGUUCCUCAACUGCAAUGGUAUCGCUUUCGAGAACGUGAAUUCAUUCUUCUGUUCAUCGGCAGUGACCUCGGCUGCUUCCCGCUCUUCAUCCCUUCCUAUUUCAUCCCCAUCUACGCUCGAGCUGUAUCCACGCAGCGUGUGGCGGUCAUUAUUCUGGCCAUGUGGAACGUCGCAUCGACAGUGGGACGCGUGCUCGCCGGAUUCCUCGCAGAUGCUGUGCUCGGUCCACUGAACAGCCUGAGCCUCUCCCUCUUGCUGGCUGGAAUCAGUGCGCUGGCCAUUUGGCCAUUUGCCAAUUCCGUAGCUGUGCUCUCCGUGUUUAUUGUUCUGAAUGGACUUGGAUGUGGAGCCUUUUUCAGUCUGAUUCCGGCGACGGUUGGGUCCAUGUUUGGCGCAAAGAAUACGAUGGGAGUUCUCCCGGUGCUGUGGGCUGGGUGGUUCUUUGGGUAUUUCUUCGGCUCACCAAUCGCCGCGGGAAUAUACUCUCUAUCUGACAAGGACGCUGGUACAGCGGCAUAUCGACCCGCUGCCUACUAUGCUGGUGGCAUGUCUCUGGUCGGUCUGUCAUUUAUUGUUGCGAUCCGGUGUCUUUAUUCCCGCAAGAUUCUUGCACGGGUGUGA